UUUUGUUUUCCUUUUUAUCUAUCAACUUGUUAUUAUAAAAUGGGUCUUUUCGACGAAGUUAAAUCAAAGAAUUGCUCUCUUUAUGGACAAUGGCUUGGUAUAAUAUCAAUCAUUUUAUUAAUUGUAUUGGGUAUUGUUGGUUUUCUUGGACACUGGAUUUUUAGUAUUGUUGGAUGGAUUAUCGCUUUUAUUCUUGUAUUUGUAGAAGUUCCAUUAUGUUUAAAGUUUUGCCCAACAAGUCCUAAAUUUGAUAGCUUUAUUGCUUAUUUUGAAAAUUGCUAUUUCCGUGCUAUUUUAUAUUUAGUGUUUGCUGUAGUUAUGUUUCUUUCUAACUUGGUUAGUGUUGGGCCUCUUAUCGCCUGUGGUGUUUCACUCUUACUUGCAUCUAUCUUCUACGGAAUUGCUGCUUUUACUGGACAAGCAUUUGCUAGUUCAAAAAUCCUUGGAGGCACUGGAGUUGAUAAUGUUGUAUAAAUAAUGAUAUGGAAUAAUAAAGAUAAUAUGUAUAGAAACUGUAGUCAGUAUAUUAUUCUAAAUUUAGAUGAAUACAAACAAAUCGAUAAUACGCAACAAACUUGUCUAUUUCACUUCCUGUAGCUUGUUUAUGUUAAAUAACAAUUGGUAGUCAUUUAUAU